GGAAGUUCUUUGAACCAUCUACGCCCAGAGGGCUGGUGGGAUUUUCGCGCACCUUGUCUCGCGCCGCUGCCGCGUCGAACAGCUGGAGGCGCAUCGCAUUAGUGCGGCGGGGUUGCCGGAACAUGCCCGGGAGAGCCUUCGCGACGAGCUGAUUUGCAAAUGCGGCGCCGACCAUGGCAACGUCCGUUUCGUGAAGGCGUUCGCGGCCAUCGCCCCGGUCGUGCGCAGGAGGUGGGCGAGCGAACUGCACGAGAUGGGCGAUGUGCAGGCCGGAGGGGGAGGAGGAAAAGGACAUCUCAGCGGAGCGCGAGCCCCGCGAGCAGGGCGAGGGCGAGGGCCCGCGAGCAGGGCGAGGGCGAGGAAGAGGAAGCGGCGGAGGCGCGCGAAGAGGAGGCGCGCGAAGAGGAGGCGCGCGAGGACGGGCGGGGCUCGAGAGCCCAGGGAGAGGAGGUCAAAGAAGAGGAGGAGGCGGACGAGGGGCAUGGGGAAGAGCUGGUGUGCAGGGCCCGCUUCGACUAUUCGAAGGACCUCCAACGGGAGCUCUUGCGCAGGCUUCCGAAAAUGCACGCGCUCCGCGCGGAGAUCGAGGCCGCCGGGGCGGGCGACGGGAACUACGAGUUGGCGCAGCAGAAGAAGGAGGAGCUCCAGCAGAUGUCCAACGAGCUGCAGAAUUGCGGUUUGCCCAUGUGCGCGUCGUGUUUCGUGCAUUAUCCAGCU